UGGUAAAAUUGACCGGAUUGUCAGUGGACCAUCCCGACCGUUUUGCCCUAUUGCCCUCUUUACCGAAGAACGCGCGAAUGACGUAAUCAUGACGAAAGUGUGUGCAGUAAACAACCCUCUUGACAGGACGUUCCUUUAUAUCUUGCGGAGAGUAUUUCUGCGCUUGUACACACUGUAGACGAUGGAAUCUACCCCAAGCAACUUGCUUAGAACGCCACGUGUGGUUUGUCGCAUGGAUGGGCGUGACAUAUUUAUUGAGGUCGAGGAGGCCAGCGGUCGGGGUACGCUUUGGAGUUCGGGGCGGGACCUCGUCAUUGAGCUGGGGACGAUGUUGCCCUUGGACCAUGGUAGGGUAGAAAGGGCGGUGGAAGGCCAAGUAAGUUUGGCCAGGAGGAGAGGGCGCCUAGGGUUUGUAUCCGAGGUCAGGAAGUACGGCCAUCAAAUUCUUAGUGAUUCGUUCAUUAAGAGGGUGUUGGCCGGUCCUGAAAAACAACGGAGGACCCCUGGGGCUUCACUGAGCGGGAGGCCCCGGGGUACUGUAGAGUUGUCCAGAUCGAGACCAAAGCCGGCUCCGAUCCUGACAGCGCUGGACUUCCCUGCGUUGCCAGCACAGUUGGGAUCGGAGGGGGUCAAGGUUGAACCUGGGGUAGAGUCACUCGUGCCCAAUCCUUCCUCGCUGGACACACUUGUGUUGCCAGUAGGGUCGGAGUGUGGGAGGGUGAAGGUCGAACCUGAGGAGGAGGCAUUUGUCUCCGAUUCGACAUCGCUGGUUGUCCCUGAGUCGCCAGUGAGGUUGGUGGAGGUCAAGGCCGAGCCUGAAGGGGAGGCCUUCAUGGCCUCGCAGCCAUCAGCACUGGACUUCCUUGUGUCGCCAGUGAGGUUGGUGGAGGCUGCGUGCAAGGUUGGCCCCGAAGAAGGGGUCAUCAUCAUCUCUGAUGAGGAAGACAUGGAGGUUGAUGCUCCUUUGGCGGCUAACCUUGACCAGGAAAUUGUGGGGGAACCCGGUUUUGCACGGCCUAUAGAUGAAAUGGCAGAGCCCGCAGGGGCAAUGUCACUUCAAGGUAGGAUGAUAAGAGGUAUGGACCGGUGUGAGAGACGGUCCAGGCCUCUUGAUAGAGGGGCAGAGUUUAAUGGAGGGGUUGGGACCAGGGAUAGAUCCCGGUCCCAGCAGGAUGAUGUGGGUUUUAAGAGGAAAAAGACCCAGGGUUGUCCCGUGUGUGGAUUAAGGGCAAGAUCGAUAAGACACCAUGUUGAGGCCCGGCAUUUUCCGCCUGUGUUUCGUCGGGAGGCAUGGGAGAAUCCGGAAAAGGACCAUGUGCGGUUUAGAGGGGUAAUAUGCGUCAUCAAUAGUCUGGGUCUCCAGAGCUUUGAUGAGGCUAUGCUUUUCGUGGGCCGCCAGAGGUUAUCAAUUUCGGAGCAGUCCUGCCUGCAGCCGAUUGUAUAA